AUGAACUACAGAAAACUUCGAGUUGUAUUAAAACCAUUCGACUCUUUAGUACGUCGAUUUAAGCAUUCAAAUUCAAGCAAAUCAGUAUUAAGCGGAAAACUCAACCUGCCGCCUUCAGAGAGAAACAAAGCCCCAAUUUUGGGCGUACUGGAGAAGUAUUUCGAUAAAACCAAAGAUGGAAAAGUGCUGGAAAUAUCAUCGGGUAGCGGUCAACAUGUUGCUUACUUUGCACCGAAUUUCCCCAAACUCACAUUCUACCCGUCGGAGUACGAAGAAUCUCUGAUGGACAGCAUUAGAGCGUACGCCGCCGAAGCGCCUGCGAAAAACAUUAAAGAUCCGGUUAGUAUAGACGUAGCGGAGGAUUGGACUAAAUGGAACGUUCCCAACGAUUUCGAUUACGCUAUCAACAUCAAUAUGAUACACAUCGCGCCGUAUCCCUGCACCAUCGGAUUGUUCAAAAAUAUGGGCCAAGUCCUAAAACCGGGGGGAUUGUUGGUCACUUACGGGCCCUAUGCAAAUAACGGUGUGUUGGAGCCCCAGUCGAACAGGGAUUUCGAUAAACUUUUGAAAGCAAGGUUUCCGGGUGCCGGUGUACGGGAUAUACAAGAUCUGAUUAAACUGGCGCAAGAGCAUGGUAUCAGGCUCAAGAGCAUGGAAGAUAUGCCGGCUAAUAACAAAUGUCUAAUUUGGGAAAAAAUUCAAUAA